ACUUUGCAUGCAUACGGUACGUAAACUAACGUUAGUAACAAUCGGUCAUUCACUCUUCCGAGAAUUGCGUACAUUAUUUUUGAGUUUCCUGUGGUAGAUUUAUCAUUUAAAGUUUUACCGGAUCACCAAUCAUGCCGAAGAAUAAAGGAAAGGGAGGAAAGAACAGGAGGAGAGGAAAGAAUGAGAACGAGUCAGAGAAAAGAGAAUUGGUCUUCAAAGAAGAAGGUCAAGAAUAUGCCCAGGUUCUCAAGAUGCUUGGGAAUGGAAGGUUAGAUGCGCUGUGUUUCGAUGGCAAAAAGAGGUUAUGUCAUAUCAGAGGAAAAUUAAGAAAAAAGGUUUGGAUCAACCAGGGUGAUAUCAUAUUAAUCGGCCUACGUGAAUACCAAGAUGAGAAGGCAGACGUCAUCCUCAGAUACAAUGCUGAUGAAGCAAGAAACCUGAAAGUUUACGGAGAACUGCCCGAACAUGCCAAGAUCAACGAAUCAGUCGCAUUCGGCCAAGACUACGAGGAUGACGAGGUGGCGUUUGACGAUCAGGGCUUCGAUGAUGACAUAGGGGACGAAAUAGGAGCGAUAUAGCAGAGUGACCGAUGACAGAGUGAAGACCCCAAGCAGUGUGCCUCUGUUUUCAGUCUUGUGCAAUGGAAUUUAACAAACAAUCUAAUAUCCUCAUCUUUCUUUAAAAUAAAAAUCACGCUUUUUUCCACCCUGUGUGAAGAGGUCUAAGACUCCUCAUUACUACAACCUUCCAAUGUUAAUGCUUGCGUGGAACGUUCAUACUGAUUUAAAGCCGUCAGUUUGGCUAGCACACGAGUAUAUGAAGAUUACAUGCUUGGGCUAAUCUUGGAAUUAGGGGAGUCGGUUUUGUCUAAAUCACAGUUCUAAGAGAUGAAAUAAGUUGAAUUACCGAUAUUGUAUAUUUCACUAUCUAUAUGUUGAGAAUUCUGUUACAUUAAAGCUGUUUCUUAAGUCUAAAUAUUGUAAAUGUUUCAAUUUUGAUUUUAAUGGUAUUUAAUAAAUUUUACCUCAAGGAGUCAUUUGGGUAUCAGAUUUGCUGAGUUUUCUUAGAAUUUGUGUGGAAAUGCAGUUAAUAUAUAUGAUUGAACUUCUUUCAAUAUGAGUUCCUCUAGUGUUUUGUUUUGAAGAGUGUGAAAUUAAGGCCUUGGAUUAACACCUAUUCAGAAAAAAAUAUUUUACAUGACUUAUCAAUUAAAGGCAAAACAUAAAAAUUACAAUAUGCUUUCAAACUCAUUU